UUUUUCCAAUUAGUUUAUAGUAUACUCGCACGGUUAAACAAGUCGUUUCUUAAGUAACAAAAAAAAAAAACAUGGUUCUAAAUUUAUACGGUCUCGAACCAAGUCCAGCUUGUCGAACUGUUCUUUUAACUCUAAAUGCUCUUGGUUGUGAAUUUAAACUUAAAAAAAUUCAACUAAAAAAAUUCGAACAAAAAACCGAAGAUUUUCGUAAAAAGAAUCCAUUGCAAUUAAUACCGGUACUAGAAGAUGAAGGACAAUAUUUAGCUGAUAGUCAUGCAAUAUCAGCUUAUUUAGUGCGAAAAUAUGCCAAAAAUGAUAGUUUAUAUCCAAAGGAUUUCAAACAACGAGCAUUGGUAGAUCAUCGUCUCUUUUUUGAUUCGGGAGUAUUAUUUGCCAGUUUAAAUGCCAUCACUAUUAAAGUAUUCCAAGAAAACAAUCCCAUAAUCCCAGAAGAUAAGCAGAAUGAUGUCAUCAGUGGAUAUGAAUUUUUGGAAAAAUUUCUAGAAAAUUCAAAUUAUGUAGCAGGAGAGAAUGUUACUAUUGCAGAUUUUAGCAUUUUGGCUACUGUUUCCAGUUUAAAUUAUUUGGUACCAAUUGAUGGGAAAAAGUUUCCAAAAGUAAUGCAAUGGAUGGAACUUAUGACAAAGUUGCCUUAUUACGAAAGAGGCAAUGAGUUGGGAUUAGCAUUGUUUGCCAAGAAAUGUGAGAUUUUUUUGAAAAAAGAAUAAAAGACUUAAAGCAGAAAUAAAAUUUUAAAAACUAAGAAAA